GGUGGAUGGAGGGUCACUGAGUGCUCAGUGCUGUACUGACCAGGUGGUCAGAAUUAAACCUCGCCCCCGGGGGUCAGAGGUGACUGCAAGGUCAGGGGUCACCGAGCCGUUUUCUCGGGGCCAAAGGCGAUGGCAGGAGCUCGGGUUCCUCUUCGGGCCGUUUCCCCCUCCCCCUCCCCGGCCCCGGCCCCGGCCCGGUUCCUCCUUCCCCUGUUGCUGGUAGCGGCCGCGGCCUGUGAGCGGACCGCGCUCCGGCCGGAAGUUCACAGUUUGGCGGGAAGCAGCUGGAAAAUCCGCAAUGCGAACGGCAGCGUCCGGCUGUCGGGGGCCACGGUCCCCGGGAAUGUGCACAGCGCCCUGCUGUCCCGGGGCGUCAUUGAGGAUCCUUAUUAUAGGUUUAACGAUGAUGCCUAUAGAUGGAUUGUGUUGGAAAAUUGGACAUAUAGUCGGAUAUUUAUGUUACCGCCUGAUGUCAGUAAAUGGAAGAGAAUAAAUCUAGUUUGUGAUGGACUCGAUACUGUUGCAACUGUCCUUAUCAACAAUAUCACAGUUGGGACCUCAAACAACAUGUUUAGUCGAUAUACUUUUGAUUCUACUGAUGUGAUCAGAGAAAGAAACUUCAUCGAGGUCCACUUUUCAUCUGCAGUCUCUUAUGCAGCACAGCAGAGUUCACAACAUAACAAAUACCCAGUGCCUCCGGAAUGUCCUCCUUUACAGCAAAGAGGAGAAUGUCACGUCAACUUUAUCAGAAAGGAGCAAUGCUCUUUCAGCUGGGACUGGGGUCCAUCGUUUCCUACACAGGGAAUCUGGAAAGAUAUAAGGAUUGAGAUGUUCAACAUCUGCCACCUGACAUAUCUCACAGCAACUACUAUUUAUGAUGAGAAAGAACAGAAAUGGUCAGUGGAAGUGGAGAGUUUUUAUGAUGUUGUUUUCUCAAAGCCAAUUGAAGGUGAGCUGAUGGUUAGCAUUCCAUCUCUACGAACGCAACAAACUUACAAAAUAGUUCUUGCAAACAAAGAAGGCAGCAGAAGUAAAGUCAGGUUGGAGAUUAAUCAGGAUGUUUCUGUUGAUCUUUGGUGGCCUGUUGGUUAUGGUAAUCAGACUGGUUACAACAUGACUGUUACUUUCACAAUCAGCAGAGAAUACCACAUUGAAAAGUCCAUUAUGGUCUAUUUCAGAACAGUGGAGCUGGUACAAGAAUCAGUGCCAGGGUCUCCUGGACUAAGCUUUUAUUUUCGGAUAAAUGGGCUCCCAGUAUUUCUCAAGGGCUCAAACUGGAUUCCUGCAGAUGCUUUUCUGGACAGAGUGACAUUUGAUGUAUUGGAAAACUUAUUGCAGUCAGCUGUUGAUGCUAAUAUGAAUUCACUAAGAGUCUGGGGAGGAGGAGUGUAUGAACAAGAUGAAUUUUAUAAUUUGUGUAAUAAAUUGGGCAUCAUGAUUUGGCAAGAUUUUAUGUUUGCCUGUGCACUUUACCCAACAGACCAAAGUUUUGUUAAUUCAGUGAAGGCAGAAAUUACUCAUCAGAUCCGUCGACUAAAGUCCCAUCCAUCCAUUAUAAUCUGGAGUGGAAAUAAUGAAAAUGAGGCUGCACUUGCAUCAAAUUGGUUCCAUAUUCCAUCAGCAAACAUCACCCUGUACUUGAAUGACUAUGUAAAUCUCUAUGUUAAUAAUAUUCGAGAAAUUGUGCUUGAGGAGGACAGGAGUCGUCCUUAUAUUGCUUCAAGUCCCACUAAUGGAGAGGAAUCUAUUCGGGAGAAUUGGGUUGCUAAGAAUCCAUAUGAUGUCCAUUAUGGCGAUGUUCAUUAUUAUAAUUACAUAGCAGACUGCUGGGACUGGACCCAUUUUCCCAAGACACGAUUUGCAUCUGAAUACGGAUUCCAGUCUUGGCCAUCUUUCUCUACUUUAGAAAAGGUUUCUUCUCCUGAAGACUGGUAUUACAAUAGCUCUUUCACCAAUCAUCGACAACAUCAGGUUGCAGGCAACAAGAACUUGCUGUAUCAAACUCAGAUUCACUUUAACCUUUCUCACGCAGAGAAGACACCCCUGCAAAGAUUUAAAGAUACGCUUUACCUUACUCAGGUAAUGCAAGCAGAAUGUAUAAAAGCACAAACUGAAUUCUACCGUCGAAGUCAAAGUGAGAUCGUUGAUGGUCAAGGAUUGACGAUGGGUGCAUUAUACUGGCAGCUAAAUGACAUCUGGCAGGCUCCUUCCUGGGCUUCCAUCGAAUAUGGAGGUAAAUGGAAGAUGCUUCAUUAUUUUGCACGGAAUUUCUUUGCUCCUGUUUUGCCAGUUGCUUUUGAAGAGCAUGGAACACUGUUCAUCUAUGGUGUUUCUGAUUUACCUUCAGACCAUAAAGUCAUGCUUCAGGUUAAGGUUUACCAGUGGAAUUUGAUGGAGCCAGUGUGUGUUUAUGCCACUGAGUCAUUUAUUCUUAAGGCGAGGACUUCAGCCCCUGUUUACAAGGAAAUCACUGAUAACCUGCUGAGGCGAUGUGACUGCAGCAGAUAUAACUGCGUAGUAACAUUUUACCUAGAAGAAAAUGGAACACAGCUCGGACCUUCAAACUAUUACUUAUUAUCUUCAUUAAAAAAUGCCCAGAUGCUCAGAAAGCCACAAGUUAAUGGAGGGAAGCUGCCAUCUUUACCUGGUCUGGCCUGCCUACACGUGACUCCAGACCAAAGGCAAUGUGAUUGACAGUUAAUGGUGGAUAAUAAAUGUAGACUUGGCCAGUGAAGCCCACGUGCCAUGAAUGAGAAAUGACCUGAUCAGUAAAUAUGCCUUUCUUUCACUCUGCUGUCCUGUGUUCCAUUUCUCAGUUGUUGACAAUUGUCUUAUAGCCUCCCAUUGCUAGUCUAGCUGUUCAGUUGUCACUGAAUUGCAACUUGCAGUAUUUGUCCUGCUGCUUUGUCUUGUAGGUGAUAAUGCAGGUUUGAAAUCAGAAAAAUUGUCUGAAGCUGCAUUGUUUUUUUUCUGUCUAUAGCAUGGCUAUCUGUCACUGCACCAGCAUUUCAUAGCCAUCUCCGAGUGCCCCAGAGAAGGUAGUUGCAAGCUGUCUCUUUAAAGCUUGCAGUCCAUGUGGUUUACGCGUUGGUGCUGUUAGGAAGGGAAAUUUAGGGGCUUAGCGGUGAACGAUAUGGUGUUCCCAGCAUCUGCUGCCCUUAUCCUUCUGCAUGUACUGUUUGUGAGUUUGGGAGGUGCCAGUUAGGUGGGAUACUUUGUCCUGGAUGUUAUUGAAUUUUUUGAGUGUUGUUAACAGUGCCCAUUCAGGCAGGUGAGAGUAUUCCAUCACACUCCUUGUGGACAGGCUUUGGGGAAUCAGGAGGUGAUGGAUGUAGGUUUGCUCACUGAACUGAAAGGUUAAUUUUCAAACGUUUUGUUACCAUACUAGGUACAUCUUCAGUGAAGCAUUGGCUGAUACAGCCUGCUUUCUAUUUGUAUGUUUGGGUUUCCUUGGUUUGGUGA